UGCGCGCCGACCACGCAUGCGCAGACACACUGGUCGGGCGGUCCGGAUCCUUUUGCUUACAAUGGCGGAGCUGGGUGAAGCGGAUGAAGCGGAGUUGCAGCGCCUGGUGGCGGCGGAACAGCAGAAGGCGCAGUUCACUGCACAGGUGCACCAUUUCAUGGAGCUAUGUUGGGAUAAAUGUGUGGAGAAGCCAGGGAAUCGCCUAGACUCUCGCACUGAAAAUUGUCUCUCUAGCUGUGUGGACCGCUUCAUUGACACCACUCUUGCCAUCACCAGUCGGUUUGCUCAAAUUGUGCAGAAAGGAGGACAGUAGGCCAUCCCCUGGGAGAAUGACAGAAGAAGCAAAGGACUUGUUAUUAAAGCAGAUUGAAGGGUCAGCAGGGGAAGGUUGUUAACCCAUUGUCAGGUCUGUUGGUGCUAAAAAGUAACAGAUCAAAUGUUCAAAAAGUGAAAUUUAUUUAUUUGGAAUUCAGAAAUUCCAGGUUGUAUCACACCAGUUAUUCAAUAAAUGUGAAUUCUCCAACGCUUUUUUAAUUCCAUUUUAGGAUUUAAUAAAGCCUCUGAUUGGCAGGAACACUAGAAAUAAAUGUUCACAGCCAGUAGUGCAAAUGGGAGGUGGUAGAUUUUGAAGAGCCACCCCAACCCAUAAUUAAGGGAGUUGGAAGAACCAUCAAAGCCUAAGGUAUAGAACAGAAAUUGGGGUUGAGAAAAGUUAAGAACAGAAAACAGCUUUAUUGCUUAUACAUGACCAAGAAAAGGUUAAACCUGGC